AUUACGCGUUUAAGAGCAACGUUAAUCCCCGCGGGGGGGCUUCCACAAACAAAUCCCCACGAAUUAGUUGUCGUCGGGGUGAGGGGAGUGGGGGACACACACCGUCCUCCUUGAAAUAAAAAAUAAAAGUCUCUUUUGUAGGUGUGAAACAAGGGCGAAUACACCGGAGUGGCGCUGAGGUCACUCGGGCUGCGGCUGCCUCAAUUCCCCCCUUUGUGUUUACACAUCCGGGUUUUCUAGGCUCGCAGCCCCCGCUCCCCAUUUCGAAGCCAUUUUGGACACACAUCCCACUAACAUGCACGUAAACCCCGGGCGACCUCGCGACGCAUCGUUGCCAACAGCACCGCUUUCCGCCACAAGGACCGAAAAACGCUCGUUUCUCCCUCCCGGUUCUUUUUUGUUUUCUUCCCCAAAGCCACGCGGGACGAACCGAGCCAGCCGGCGGCUCGACUAAUCUGCCCCCCCCCCCCCUCGGUCUUUUCUUCUCGGAGGUGGUGGUGGUGGUGGUGGUUGGUGUGGCAGCGGCGGCGCUUACGAGCCAGGGAAGGCUCGAGCUUGGAGGGGGGCCUGCGGUCGCUUUUGACUACGCCGGGGCAGAGGCGUGGAUGUGCGGGACGGAUUCCAAACGGCGGAGCUCCGUGGUGGUGCUUUUUAAGGACGGAACAUGUCUUUCUCGUGGCUGACUUGUUCACUUCUGCUGGGAACUUUAUGCGCAGGGUACAGCGUGGGCGAGGCGGAGACGCGCGAGUGCGUGUUCUACAACGACAACUGGCGGGCCGAGAAGACCAACCAGAGCGGCUUUGAGCGCUGCGACGACAAGGAUAAGGACAAGGACAAGCGGCUGCACUGCUACGCCUCCUGGCUCAACUCCUCAGGGACCAUCAAGCUGGUGAAGAAAGGCUGCUGGCUGGACGACUUCAACUGCUAUGACAGGCAAGAUUGCGUCUCCAUGGACGAGAACCCUCAGGUCUUCUUCUGCUGCUGCGAGGGCAACUACUGCAACGAGCGCUUCACCCACCUACCCGACUUGAUCAGCGUUGGCAACAGAGUCAAAAUUCGCCCUCCGCCCCGCGUGCUGUCCAUGCUCAACGUGCUGGUCUACUCCCUGCUGCCGCUAUCCGUGCUCUCCUUAGCAAUCAUUCUGGCCCUGUGGAUGUACCGUCACCGCAAGCCCCCCUACGGCCACGUGGACCUGAGUGAGGACCCUGGACCUGUCCCUCCAUCGCCCAUGGUGGGCCUGAAACCGCUGCAGCUGCUGGAAAUCAAAGCCAGGGGCCGCUUCGGUUGCGUCUGGAAAGCCCAACUCAUGAGCGAAUACGUCGCAGUCAAGAUCUUCCCCGUACAGGUGGGCCAUUGCUUUUGCGCUGUACGUUCAAUUUUCACCCGAUCGGGGUCUAGAAGUCGACAUCUGUUUGUGGUCGCACAGGAUAAACAGUCGUGGCAAAAUGAGCGAGACAUCUUCCUGACACCGGGUAUGCGGCACGAGAACAUCCUGCGCUACAUUGCCGCCGAGAAGCACGGCAGCAACCUUGAGACGGAACUGUGGCUCAUCACUGAGUUCCACGAGAGAGGUUCGCUGUCUGACCACCUCAAGGGCAACACUGUGACCUGGAGCGAGCUGUGCCUCAUAGCGGAGACUAUGUCCCGCGGCCUAGCCUACCUCCACGAGGACAUUCCCAGCAACAAGGGAGAAGAACCCAAACCCACCAUCGCACACAGGGAUUUCAAGAGUAAGAAUGUAAUGCUCCGGAAUGACCUGACUGCAGUCAUCGGAGACUUCGGGCUCGCUGUAUGCUUCGAGCCCGGGAAACCUCCAGGGGACACUCACGGACAGGUGGGUACGCGACGCUACAUGGCUCCUGAGGUGCUGGAGGGAGCCAUCAACUUCCAGCGAGACUCCUUUUUGAGGAUUGACAUGUACGCCAUGGGCCUGGUGCUCUGGGAGCUGGUGUCUCGCUGCAGCGAAACGGACGGUACCGUGGGCGAGUACUUGCUGCCGUUUGAGGACGAAAUAGGGCAGCAUCCAACCUUGGAGGAUCUGCAAGAUGUGGUCGUGCACAAGAAAAUGCGUCCAGUCAUCAAGGACUGUUGGCUCAAACAUCCGGGUCUGAGUCAGCUGAGCGAGACCAUCGAAGACUGCUGGGACCACGAUGCCGAGGCCCGGCUUUCGGCUGGCUGCGUGGAGGAGCGCAUCAGCCAGAUUGCCAGGACCACCGGCGGCACUACCUCAGACGGCCCGGUCUCCAUCGUCACGUCUCUCACCAACGAGGACCUACCUCCCAAAGAGUCCAGUACCUGAACAUGGGCAGUGCUCCAGACAUUUUUUUUAUUUUUUAUCUUUUUUUUUUUUUUUUCUUCAAACCCAAACUCAGUGGAUCUUGGUGAAUAUUUAAUAACAUGCAGCUGCUAUUUUAUCCCAAAUACUGGUAAUUUUUUUUUUCCUGGGAUGUCAGAUCUUACUAACACAUCCAUCUGCUGUAGUUUGGACAUAGUAUUAAGCUAUGCGACAGGCAACACUAAAUGUCGUCAUUACCUCAUGUAUUUUUUUUCGUUAAUUACCUCAUAAUUUCUUUUUCUAUUUUUUUUUUUUGAACACCCCCGCCCUCCCUCUCAAUCCCCUCCAAU